CUCUGAACUGUCUAUAAUCAGUGCGUAAAGGUUCGGCAAAUGGCGAUCAGCUGUUCCGUAUUCAUUCGUUGUCAAACAAAGAGAAACUCGGAGUAUAUUUUGGGACUGUCAGAUUGCCACGGAUUACUGGUGAAUAACGGCAAACAAAAGUGGAGGAUGAAUAGUCGAGCAUCAUCGCCACCGGGAACGACAGAAGGAGUACAAAGAAAUUGACAGGUGGAGGAAACGUCUGGACAGAAAGGGAAAGUGGAGAUUUUGUAGUGAAUAUUUUGGAUUUUUUCGUACCAUUUAGAAAGAAGCUGAUAACAUUUUUUCAGUUCAGCUCCAUCUGGAUACUGCGACUUAUUUUUUAACAAGGUUUAACAUGGCGGAUAAUCGACAGCUUGUAGAGGAUUCUAAGAGGCAGGAGAGUAAUGAUAGUUUGUUAUCGGAAGAGUGGAUGAUUAUCGAUGAGACAGAGGAUAAUAGCGAAACUAAUGAGAUGACACGUUUGGAAAUUUGCAAUUAUAAGGAUAAUGAAGACGAUGCCGAAAAUAUGCAAAAUAAUGCCGACAUGACUUACGAGAAACAUGAUGCGGGUAAAAGCGAUUCCGAUGAUGCUGCGGAGAAACUUAUCGAUGACUCCGACGAGAUAUCCAUCAUUACAGAAAGCACAGAAAGUGAUAAUGAGCAACUAGUCAUUGGCAAAGAAAUUAGUAAUAUUAAUAAAAUUAAUGAGGCCAGUUAUGCGUGUACCGAUAUUCAGAAAUUGAACCAAGCAGACGAUAAAAUAGUAUCGCAGGUCGGUGCUAUUUUCAAUAUCAUCAUUGCUUGCUCUCUGGCGGCAGUCAUUGGUUUGGGCGCUGGACGAAUUUUAAGCAUCGAUGAAUGUACUAUUUCGAAUGACGUUGAUUUUGCUAGUGUCAAGAUGAAAAAUGACAUUUUAAUUAAUCAAUUGAAGGAAUUAAACGGAGUGAAAGAUGUCUUGGAUGAGAUAAGAUCCAGUAUUCCUAAAGUGACUUCGGGAGAUCGGACACAGUCCGACUCUUUUUCUGAUGAUGUAACGAACGGGAACAUGAAUUCGAAAAAUUUCGAUAAGAGUGACAGAAAGCAGAAAAUUAAUGCUGAUUCAAAGAUCGUAGAACGUUUAAAAAAUUCACUAGAAAAUCUCUGCUCUGUCAUCGAUGAUAUUAUAAUUGACAAUUCGAGACCCUUUACUAAGCAGCUAUGUGAAAGUCAAAAUGUGGUCAAGGAUUUGAUGAUUUUUGAAAAAAUUAUAAGUGAAGUGUUGCGCGACUCUAGAGAGGAAACUUCGGAAAUAAGGGUUUUGCAAAAUGCUGAAAAAAAGAUCAGUAAUGUUUGUCGAUCGUUACUGGUAGAUCUAUCGAAUACUGUACAUGGAAUAGCUACGAAAACUAAUCAUAAAUUGGAAAAAGUUAGUUUGCAAAUGAAAAAAAAGCUUUGUACACUGCAGAAAGAAGCUAAUAGCGAGUUUUUAAAAAAAUUGCCAAGCAGUAAUAAUUUUUUUGCAAACUGCGAAAAAACGUUAAACAUUACUCAUAAUUCAGAAAAAUCUGCAAAAGUAGUUGACAUUACGAAGGGAACAUUAAAAAGUUCAGAUAACUCUGAAUACAAUAAAAGGCAAAGAACGUGGAAAAACAAGAACAGGUCUACAAGUAAAAAACCAAAAACAGAGUUUUUAAAUACUAAAUUUUAUUAUCGAUAUGAAGAAGAUACUUGUUCCUCGCCUCAGUUUCCCUGGUUCACAACAAAUUCGAAAAAUGACAUUAAAUUUGAUCAAAAAUUAGAUACGGAGCACGUUUGUACCUCUAAAACCGGUGACAACGCGAAAAAAUUCAAUGUAAAGCAGUCCGAUAAAAUGUCCAAAGGAUCCAACACGGCACACGUUAAGAGUUCAAAGAAUAUGUGGAAUAAAAAGAUUCGUGAUUCAAGAAUACUCAAAAAGCACAUCGACGAACGUCGAGAUUCUAAAAUGUCCGAUUCUAGCGAAAAUGUUCAAGAUCAUUCGAAAGAUACAUACGCAUCAAAAGUUGUAAAUUUGAAGAAUAAGAUGGAUUAUGGAGGGCGCGAGAUUCAUGAACCGCGUUCGAAUAAGGAAGAAUGUAGUAGUACCGGUAAAGCAUGUUUGAAACAAAAAAUAAGCAGUAAACAAACUGGUGAUAAUGUGGACUUGAAAGAUUCUAAAAGCCCAAAUAGAAAUUCGAAACAGAAAUUCGUUAAACGCAAAAGAGUUCCAAAAAUGGACAAACACCUGACUGAAAACGAAUCUCAUAACCCGCCAGACAAUGUAAACCGGGACAUGUAUGACGGAGAGUGGCAACUUCAACGAUCUAAAGCGCGUGAAAUAUUACGUGAUCGUGAAAGAGCUUCAGACUGGUAUUUCGAUAGAGCCGGAUCUCGGAAGGACGCCAGAAAAUAUGAAGAUGAGCCCGAACUCAUUAACGAUAAUCAUGAUGAGGAGUGGGAAGAUUCUUGGAUGCAUUCAAAAGAUGUGAGACACGGUGGUAAACGGGAUUCGAGUCAUGCAUUUUCGUCGAAGAAGACUACGCGGUCCACUUUCAAGACACACAGACAAAAUAUAAUGAAAGAGAGACGUCGAUGACUUGUUGAAAUUCGGCAAAUACCAUGAAAACUUUUAAUAAAACCAUUUUGAAAUUUUCUUAAUAUAUGACUUUAGGUAUAGUUAAGAGAGUAUGAAUAAUUUCAGAGUGUAUGGAAUAUAUUGAAGAAGAAAGCGUGAGAACUAUAUUGAUGCAUUUU